AUGACCGCUACUCCCUCUAAGGCUCCUGCCGUGCCUCCUGCCCGUCCGCCAGGCCCACGCCCCAAAUCGGUUGCCUUUGAUACCGAGUCGCCGACCUCUGCCGAUAUGGCCUCUCCUACUCGCCGCCCUUUACGCUCUAAUGCUACCGAUCCCUUGUCCGACCGAGCGACUUCGCUUCUGAUACGUCGUACCCUCUGCUCCCCUCAGUUGGGGGAGAAGAGCCGCGAUUCGCAAGUGCCUAUAGACGAGCUACUUCCACCAUUGACUAGUCGCAACGAUGUCGACCUUCAGUUGUACGCCCUGCUCGCUAUUGUCAUGAGAGAAUUCGUGCAGAGCUGGUAUAGCAAAAUCACUACGGAUGAACACUUUGUAUCAGAGAUAUUGCACAUUAUCGCCCACUGUUCCCGAGCCUUGGAACAGCGGUUCCGUAAGGUUGAUCUAGAGAGCCUAGUAUUGGAUGAGAUGCCUGACUUGCUGGACAAGCACAUAACAUCAUACCGUAUCUCUCAUAGCCCUAUCACCAGACAGCCUGUUGAGGUCGAUCCUCGAGAGGCCUACCAUGCCAUGUGCCCUCUGCCACACCUCGCACCAGUCCCCCACCCAGAUUACCCAGACACGAUAUCCGACCAGAAGGAGAAUGAAGCACUGUAUCGCCAAUUGCUGGUUCAGGGCGUCCUCGCGAUCCUAUUGCCCACGGAAGACCUCGAGAACCCUUGUCUUACGUCUCUCGUUGAACAGAUCUUUUCAGAGCUUAUAAUUGGUAACGUCAUAGCCAAUAAGGCCGCUCAGCCAUGGAUACUGUAUGAGGGCAUCUGCAUCACGGCCAGGGUCUUGCGACAGAGAAAAGACCAAGGGGUAGUGGUUACAGAGACCCAAAACGAUGCCGGUGGGCCCAAGGUUGACGUAAAAGGCCGUCGCAGCUGGUCUGUAAGGUCUGUGUUCCUUGCGGUUAUUCAGCUUGGGAUGCUGGUAGUUGCCUCGCUCCGGUUUAUCACGACUGCCCUGGUGAUGGCAUCGUCCCUCCCUGCUAGGGCCACGCCCUUGGAUGAGAAAGAAGCUUUGCUGGAUCACGACAAGUCUCCGCCGAGGUCAUUCGACCCUGUUAAGGCGCCGAUCCUGUCGUGUCGAGUAUGGACAUGUCUUGGAAAUCUGUUUGAGCUCAGCUUGCGCAUGCCUUGGCUGGAUGGAUUUCUAUCACUUUUACAGUACGGCGCAGUCAACGGACCUGGACGAAUCGCUGGCCACGAUGGCCCUAUUGACAGGUAA